UACAUUGUAGACAAAGUAAUAAUAGUGUUUUUGCAUAAGACGGAGGUGUAUUCAUUACGGAAAUUGUUUAUCGUUAAAGAACCAAACGGAAGCAAACAGAACAAAACGAGAGCUUCUAUUGGACAAAUUCAGCUAGGUCCCGCCCCGUUUGUUCCGUUUGCUUCCGUUUAAGCAAUGUUUUGCAACCGAUUCGUCGUAAAUGAACACGCUCCAGCGUGAUCAAUGGAAGAUGGCGACGCGAGUCCUUCAGAGAUUUGGCAAUGGCCUGAGUCAGGCAAAAAACACGGCCCAGUCAACAGGACAGACCGUCGUUUUAUCCAGGGGGUUGUCAGCGUCAAACCAUAGGAGUCGUGAAGACAGCUGGUUCAAGUCGCUAUUUGUGCGUAAAGUUGAUCCCAGAAAGGAUGCCCACUCCCACUUGCUUACCAAGAAUGAGGAAAGCAACCUCUACAAAAUCCAGUUCCAUAACGUGAAACCAGAGUGCCUGGAUGCCUACAACCAGCUUUGUGAGGAGACCCUGCCAUCUAUCCAUAAUGAUAAGUACUAUCCAUGUGAGCUGGUGGGUACCUGGAACACUUGGUAUGGAGAGCAGGACCAGGCUGUCCAUAUGUGGCGGUAUAGAGGAGGAUACCCAGCUCUGACUGAGGUCAUGAGCAAACUUAGGCAGAACAAGGAGUUCAUGAAGUACCGGGAGGAGAGAGGAAAGAUGCUGUUGUCUCGUAGGAACCAACUGCUCCUGGAGUUCAGCUUCUGGAAUGAGCCCAUCCCUAGGAAGGGACCCAACAUCUACGAGCUCAGGUCCUACCAGCUCAGACCUGGCACCAUGAUUGAGUGGGGUAAUUACUGGGCCAGAGCUAUUGGCUACCGCCAGCACAAUAGUGAGGCUGUCGGAGGGUUCUUCUCCCAGAUCGGAAACCUCUACAUGGUGCACCACCUCUGGGCUUACAAAGACCUUGAGGCCAGAGAAGCCACAAGGAACGCAGCUUGGCAACAUGAGGGUUGGGAUGAGGUUGUGUAUUAUACAGUUCCUCUCAUUCAGCACAUGGACUCCAGAAUCAUGAUCCCAAUGAAGGCUUCCCCGCUGCAGUAACCUAUGAGAGAUCACAGAAGGCCGAAUGCCAAACCUCACCUGUUUUUAAAUGUAACAAAGUAAAAAAUCUCACUGCCGUGGUCUCAAUCUCUAGUUAAUGUUGCCAACCAACCCCCCUCUGAUUUGCUUUGUCUUUUACUUUACCCAUUUCUGACUUUGCACCCGCAAGCAAUAUUUGGUACUCAAAAAACAUCACUGAGACACAGGAGGUUAAAAUAUCAUAUCCCAUCUGGAAACUGUUGCCUAAAAUACUCUUUCUAUAAUUGGAAGAACUCUAAGGCAAUGGCACGAGAGCUCAACAGUGCAAAAACCGCAUAUUGAAACCUCCUGAUAGUGGUUGGGUGGAGAACUGAUGUCCAACAUACUGGGUCAUAUUAACACUGGUCACCUGGCCACAGCAGAUCUAGUAUAUAUUUUUUUUUAGAACCAACCAAAGUGCUGCUUUGGAAAGAAGGCUAGCCUAGCUGUGUGUUCUGUUUGCAGUGAAUAAGAAUUGGGCAACUGGGGCACGACUUGACAAAAAAAAUCACUAUAGAUGCACAAUGUGUGAUUUAGCGGUUAUUUUGUUUAUUUAAUGUAAAUAUGAAUCACAUUGUUGCAUUGCAAAAUUACACUUUUGGCUGAAAUCUGAUCUAAGAAAUGCUGUUACUGAUUAAAACAGAGUGCUAGAAAGACAGUCCAAAUGGCAAGUGCAUUGUUACUGUAUUUUGUCAACAGAGAAUAUCUACUUAAUGGUCAAUUAUGUAACUUUGAAGUGAAGGCACUGAGUGGGAUUAUUUCUUCUUGGGAUAAUUUGUGUAUUAGUAUUGUACUGUUAGACAUUUACUGCACUGCUGGAGCUAGAAACACAAGCAUUUCGCUGCACCAACUUUAACAUCUGCUAAUCUGUGUACGUGAAAAAUAAACUUGGAUUUAUUUGAGAACUGGUAUGAUGAAUAGAGCUAAAGCCCAUGCCUAUUUUAACCCAAAAUGUAUUCUGUGAAUUUUUUCAAGCGCAUGUAUUGAUUGCAAUCGUGGGCAUUCUCCCUAUUUCUUUCCCAUCUGCAAUAAGCUUGACAUGUUAUUGUACUGGUUUAGUGCACAUGGCUUGUUUUAACCUUAUGGAGAAGAUAUUGCCCAGUUUGAUCAGAUUUAACAUGUUUUCGGUUAGGCAUAAUGAAUAAUCUGUUCUGUGUUAAACCACAAGUCUAAUAUUAUCAUGGAACAUUUGUGCCCAGGUGCAACUACCAAUGUACUGAAAUGAAAGUUUAAUUGUGGAGUCAUGCUGCUACUCAUUAUGAUUUUAAAAGAUGUUUAAGGGUUGAUAGUAGCAUGCCUCAUACUAGUUUUAUUCCCUGAUUUACAGGGUAUUUAUGAAAGGUGGCAAGAAUUGUCAGCACAAAGUUAUUCAAAGAGAAACUGGUAACUGUGGAAACUGCUGCCCUUUGUUGCCAGACUGUGCGCUAGCCAGUACAAUAUGGAUGUGUUUGUCAUUGUUUAGUGGAUGGUACCAUGAGUCUGACACAAAGAAAACAAGCAAUUAAAUGACCACGCACACUCAGAACUGCAUUUUACACUUUUACUAUUAUUAGUGUCAAUAGCAAAAUUAAAACAUCUAUAAAUGCACAUUUGAUGGCACAUAUUGUACAAUGCAGUAGUUGUAUUUUCCUGACCACUAAAGCAUUGAAAUGAGGACAAAACCACAAAAGUGCAGUUUAAAACAUCCAGGAUUGGGGUCAAUUCAAUUAUUCCCGAAUUAAACAAAUGCUGAAUUGAAAUGGAAUUGACUCCAAUCCCUCCAAAAAUAACAUUUGGUUAA